UGCUUUGCCAAACAGAAACCAACCUUGCAAAAGCUUGAGCAAAUGGCGUUUUCUAUUCAAACCAUCGUCAUCUUAUGCCUGUCUUCGACAGUCGCCCUCAUUGGCGUUCUAUUUACGCGACCGCAUCUACUCAACACCAAGCUCGUCUGCAGGCAAUCCGAAGGUUCAACACAAGCAAAUUGCUCUGACAGCAAUUUUUCGAAAUCGCCAUAUCAAGCAAGUUGGACCAGCUGGUACCACCCCAGCGUUGAUAUCAAAUUGCAAAGCUCAGGCUAUAGCGCAAGUGUACGAACAGGAAGUCAAAAUUGGAAUAUCCUAUAUCAUCUUGGUGGAGCCGGUCCUUGGGUUGAGAAGAAAAUAGAUGUGGUAGAGGCGGGUAUCGCUCCGCCAAAAGGAUGUGAGGUAGAGCAGGUACACAUGAUUGCUCGCCAUGGGGAGAGAUAUCCAACCAGAAGAGUGGGAAAGCGUAUGAGAUCCCUUGUUAGAAGAAUGCAAGAAAGCGGACUCGUAUUCCAGAAUGAACUCGCCUUUUUCAAAGACUGGGAGUUGUUCUGGACCCAUGAUUCUCAGAUCGCGCAGUUGACAUCCACGGGGCCAUUCGCUGGGACUCUCGGGGCCUUCACUACUGGUAUACGCCUACGAACACGAUAUUCUCGACUCUUAUCAAACACGCAAUCGCAGUUCCCCAUCACCAGGUUCUGGGCCAGCGACUCGCAGCGUGUUAUCGACACCGCUCGAUAUUUCGCUUCGGGUUUCUUCGGUCAUGAUUGGCAUAAAAUAGCUGAACUCGAAAUAAUUCCGGAAACUUCUUCAAUGGGCGCGAACACAUUGACACCGGGAGAUACAUGCCUUGCCUACGGGGAAGACGCUGAGGAAGGUCACGAUAGCGGCGACGCUAUGCUUGCACGUUUUCGCCCGAACUAUAUCGAGAAGCCUAUGAAACGGAUUCUUGCGAACAAUCCGGGCCUGGACUUGACGCACGACGAUGUCUAUGCGAUGCAAGAAAUGUGUGCUUUUGAAACUACUGCGAGAGGGAGCAGUCCCUGGUGCGACGUUUUCACACAGGACGAUAUGCUAGGUUUCGACUACGCCAGAGACAUUCAGCAUUACUAUCGAGUAGGGCCAGGUACCAAGUAUAGCGCUGUCAUGGGUUGGUUGUGGUUGAAUGCUACAACGAAUUUGAUGCUCCAAGGUCCAGAAGCUGGUCCUUUGUUUUUCAGCUUUGUUCACGACGGCGACAUCGCUCCCGUGAUAACUGCCCUGGGCAUACUGUCUGAUAACGAACACUUGCCCAUCACACACAUCAAACACGAUCGUAGAUGGCGCAAGUCUCAGAUCUUGCCUAUGGGAGGUAGAACCAUUUUGGAGGUUCUGUCUUGUCAAGUGACCGGUGCCAGUAGUCCAGCCAAAUUCGUGAGACUCAAUAUCAAUGACGGUAUCACUGCCAUACCUGACUGCGAUACGGGACCAGGUAAGUCUUGUGCUCUCCCAGAGUUUGCAAGAAAGAUAAAGACAACCGGUCAGCAAGUCGGGGAUUUUAGAGAGAAGUGUGGAUUAAGUCAGGAUGCGGCUGAUAGGAUCACAUUUUUGCAUCAGUAG